AUGAGUAGAAGCCCGGAAAGGAUUUCAUCUUACCGCCGCCAUUUUGAAGACUGCAGCUCCUCGUCUCUCCAGGUGAGGGUCUCCAGCCCCUCACCUGUCAGACGGACCGCCCGCCAUCGCUCUGCCAGCUACACCCGCAGUGCUGCGGCCAGCAGUAUGGCUGUGGGACGAAGGACCGUGUCCACCUCGCGCAGCGUGAGUAUGGGCGCAAUCUGUGUUGGUGGUGCCGGAGGAGCGAUCGAUCUGGAUGCAGCGGCCGCAGAGAAUCAAGAAUUCCUCAGCACAAGAAGUACCGAACGACGGGAGAUGAUCAUUCUCAACAACCGACUAGCUGCAUAUAUCGAAAAGGUUCGAACGCUGGAGCAGCAAAACAAGUUGUUGGAGACGGAGAUUGAAGCCUUCCACAAUCGAUUCGUGAAGCCUUCGGGCCUACGACUGUUGUAUGAGGAGCAACUGAAGCAACUCAAGAGGACUGCUGAUCAAAUGAAAAUCCAGCGGGACCUAGCUGUAGCAGCUAAAGAGGCCAUGGCGGGACAACUUGAAAUGAUCAAAGCCAAGUAUGAAGAGGCCGUGGAGAUGAGGAAGAAGGCCGAGAUGGACAUUGAAGCUUUCCGUCCUGAUGUGGACGCCGCCACCACCUCGCGCAUUGCUCUAGAGAAACAGCUGGAUAACUUGCAGCUGGAACUUGAGUUCCUUCAGAGAGUACACAAAGAGGAAAUCGAGGAACUGAUGAAGCAGAUCUACGCCGCGCACGCCUCAGUUCAAGACGCCUUCUCUCUCCCAGACCUCGCUGCAGCUAUCAAGCAAAUCCAACUUCAGUACGACAAUAUCGCGGCAAAGAAUUUACAGGAAAUGGAUUCUUGGUACAAAACUAAAUUCGAAGACCUCGGUAAGGCAUCGACAAGACAUGUGGACAAAGUUCGGAGUGUGAGAGAAGAAAUUGCGGGUGCCAAAAAAGACAUUCAAAGUAAAGAACGUGACUUGGAGUCACUGAGAACCAAAAAUGAGGCUCUUGAGGCACAAAUCCGUGAGGCACAGGAAAAAUACAAGAAAGAGCUCGAGGAACUACAGGCCAGGAUGGAGUCUCUUCAGCUUGAGCUGAAAUCCACCAAGGAGAAAAUCGCCCUGCAUCUCCGCGAGUACCAGGACCUGCUUAACGUGAAGAUGGGCUUGGAGAUCGAAAUCAUCACAUAUAGGAAACUGAUCGAGGGUGAAGACGUGCGGCUCAUGAGCGCGGCACAGAGCAUGUCUCUCAUGAGUAGCGGCAUGAGUGCCAUCGGUGCCGGGGCCGGCAUCGGAUUCGCCGGUGGCGUAGGAGGGGGACUUGCCGGGGGAGCCGGCAGUGGCCUGGGUGAGGGUGCGGGAGCUGGCGUUGGUGGCCCCGGGUCUACCAUCGACUACACCCAGGAGCAAGCGGUGGAGAUGACGGAAAGGAAAACAGUACUGAUCAGAACAGUUAAAACAGAUGACGACACACUGGAGAGCGACACCCAGGAGCGAACCAUCACCAUUUCGGGUGCGGCUGAUGAGGAACAAGAGUAA